AUGUCAGCCCCCCAGGCGGUCCCAACCGCCCCCAAGGCCGCAGCCCCCCAGGCCAACUGCUUUCUCCACAAGAUCGGCUCCAACUCCUUCACUGUCACCCCCCGGGGCCUGCCCCCCGGCAGCCGCGUCCCCGAGCCCGGCACUGUCCCCGCCGGCCGUCCCGCGCCGCCCAAGGGGCCACCAGUGCCAUCCGCCAGCGCUUCCCGUGCCAGAGCCAACGCCAGGAGGCCAAAGCCGGAGGAGGCCGAAGCGGCCGAGUCGCCCCUGCCCAGUGCCAGUCUGGCCCCUAGUGCCACCGGCUCCACCCAGCCGCUCUCUGCCUCUGCCCCCCGGGCCGGGGGCUCCUUCGAAAUCCACCCGGCCCCCAAGCCUGACUUGGCCGCUAUCCCAGCCCAUGACCUGCAGGCCCAGGCCUUGGCCAAGCUGCGCCUGAAUUCGCGCAAUUCCUUCCUCUUUGUGCCCCGCCGGGAGGGCGGCCCGGCUCUGCCCCCGGCCCAGAGUGCCAGGCCGGGGCCGCCGCCACCGUCCUCGGAGGAGAAGGCACCGAAGGAGCCCCUGAGGGCUUCCGCCCCGGAGCAGGAAGAGCCUGUCGCUUCCCCACCGGCGCCUCUGGAUCCGUCGGUACCUGUGACUUACAUUGAUGACAUUGUGGAGCCAGACAGUGGGGAGCUUUCUCCCAGGGCUGGCUUGGCUCGCUACCCCACGGUGAAUGAGAUCGAAGUGAUUGGGGGUUACCUGUCCCUGGAGAGGUCCUGCAUGAGCAAGACAGGCUCCCGCCGCAAGAAGAUGAAGAUCUCUUUCAAUGAGACAAGUUUGCAGACUACGUUUGAGUACCCAUCAGAGAGCUCACUGGCAGAAGAGGAGGAGGAAGAGGAAGGACAUGCUUCUGAAACAGAGGAGGACAAAUCUCGCACCUUUUACAUUCCACGCCCAAAUAGCACUUUGCAUCCCAAUACACCUAACUCAGCAGAUUUGUCCAGCUAUACCCCAAAGCACUCUGUGAAGUUCAGUGAGUGGCAGGAGCAGAAGUAUGAGGAGAUGCCUGCUGCAGAGGGACCCCUCCUGAAGGAAGCUGAUUCCCAUGGGAACCAAGUCAUGCUCACCCCAGCAGAGAAGGGCGGACUCUCCGAUUUCAGCAGCGAGCCUGCUCUGUAUUUUUGAUUGCUUCAUCUUCUAGCCUGCAGCAGCGGCUGCUGGUCAAAACGUGUCAGUGC